GACCCCGCCCACCAUCUCAGCUAACCGAACGGAGAUUGUUUUCCUCUCGCUGGGAGAUUUUCACAUUGCUGUAUCUGCUUGGAUUGUUUUAUUUUAAGUCACACACCACCGACAAGGUGCUUUUCACGGGUGUGGUUUCUAUAACCAAAUGGGGCGGUGGUCGGUCCAAAUAGAAAGGAUUGUUAUUUAAUCGCCUCCAAACUUCUGCCUGUUGUUUGGGAGAGGGGUCUCGCGGCUUUCGUAAGCAUGAGUUCAUAAUGAAGCGGCGUCUGGAGGAUCAAGACACAGUGCUUGCAUCGCAGCAGCGGCGGCUCACCAGCAACCCAGAGCCUUUUCAGCAUCGUAUCCUGGCCCCCGCCACCGCUGCUCCGGCUGUGUAUGAAGCCGUGACCGACAACAUGCAGCCCACUGCUGGUGUCCAAUACUCAGUCCCCCAGGGGUACCAGGUACCCACCGUGGCCCAGAACAGUGGCGGACACGGGCAUGUUUCUGGUCCGACAGUCCACUCUGGGCCCCUUCAUCACAGCUCCGCCGUUCAGUCCCACGGGCCCUCUGUGAUGUCAGGGCAUGGUCACACAACGGCCCCUCCAUCCUCCGCACAGGGUCACCAGCAGUUUCAGAGACUAAAGGUGGAAGAUGCUUUAUCGUACUUGGAUCAGGUGAAGCUACAGUUUGGGAACCAGCCUCAGGUCUACAACGACUUUUUAGAUAUAAUGAAAGAAUUCAAGUCUCAAAGCAUCGAUACUCCGGGGGUCAUAAGCAGGGUGUCGCAGCUUUUCAAAGGUCACCCAGACCUCAUUAUGGGUUUCAACACUUUUCUCCCCCCCGGCUACAAGAUCGAGGUUCAGACCAAUGACCUGGUCAACGUGACAACGCCGGGUCAGAUCCACCACAUCACCCCACACGGCAUUUCAGUCCAGAACAUCCCCAUAACGGGAGCGCCCACCCAGCAUCUUCCCCAGCUGCCAUCCGCUGCUGCCACCACCGCUCCGCCUCACCUGACGCAGCCAACCCCCGCCAAGUUGAGUAAGCCUCCGCAGCUGCAGGUGCUGACACAGAGUGGCCAGACCAACCCAUCCAUCCCCGCCUACGCCUCACCCCGAUCUCCACCCCUUCAGCUUCACCCGCCCCUCUGCGGUACCCCUGCUGGCCCACCCAUGCAGAACAAUCAGCCGGUGGAGUUCAACCAUGCCAUCAACUACGUCAACAAGAUCAAGAACCGCUUCCAGGGCCAGCCAGACAUCUACAAAGCCUUUCUGGAGAUUCUCCACACAUACCAGAAGGAGCAGCGUAACGCUAAAGAGGCUGGAGGGAACUAUACGCCGGCUCUGACGGAGCAGGAGGUCUACGCUCAAGUGGCAAGACUCUUCAAGAACCAAGAGGACCUGCUGUCAGAGUUCGGACAGUUUCUCCCUGAUGCCAACAGUUCAGCUAUGCUGAGUAAGACCAAUGCAGAAAAGGCAGAAUCUGUGAAGAACGACCACGGCCUCACCACCAAAAAGAUGCAGCUCAACAACAAACAGAGACCCAAUCAGAAUGGCUGUCAGAUCCGGCGCCACCCCACUCCAGGGUCAACACCACCCAUCAAGAAGAAGCCAAAGUUACUGAAUCUGAAGGACUCUCCAACGGCAGACCCCAGCAAGCAUGGAGGCGGCAUGGAGUCUAUGUUCUUUGAGAAGGUGCGGAAAGCUCUAAGGAGCACUGAGGCUUACGACAACUUCCUGCGCUGCCUGGUCAUCUUUAACCAGGAGGUGAUCUCCAGGGCUGAGCUGGUGCAGCUGGUGCUGCCGUUUUUGGGGAAAUUUCCCGAGCUAUUCAACUGGUUCAAAAACUUCCUGGGCUAUCGUGAAAUGUCGCACAUGGAGACAUACCCAAAAGAACGGGCCACGGAGGGCAUCGCCAUGGAGAUUGACUAUGCUUCCUGCAAGAGGCUGGGCUCCAGCUAUAGAGCUCUGCCUAAAAGUUACCAGCAGCCCAAAUGCACCGGCAGAACGCCGCUUUGUAAAGAGGUCCUGAACGACACCUGGGUCUCCUUUCCCUCGUGGUCCGAGGACUCCACUUUCGUCAGCUCCAAGAAGACGCAGUAUGAGGAGCACAUCUACAGGUGUGAGGACGAACGCUUCGAGCUUGAUGUGGUGUUGGAGACCAACCUGGCCACCAUCAGAGUGCUGGAGACGGUGCAGCGGAAGCUGUCCCGCAUGUCCGCGGAGGAGCAGGCUAAGUUUCGGCUGGACAACGCACUGGGCGGUUCCUCUGAGGUGAUUCACCGCAAGGCGAUCCAGAGGAUAUAUGGAGACAAAGCUCCUGACAUCCUGGACGGCCUGAAGAAGAACCCCGCUGUUUCUGUUCCCAUUGUGCUGAAAAGGUUAAAGAUGAAGGAGGAGGAAUGGCGGGAAGCCCAGCGAGGCUUUAACAAGAUCUGGAGGGAGCAGAACGAGAAGUAUUACCUCAAAUCCCUGGACCAUCAAGGCAUCAACUUCAAACAAAAUGACACCAAAGUGAUUCGAUCAAAGUCUUUGCUGAAUGAAAUUGAAAGCAUCUAUGAUGAGAGGCAGGAGCAGGCGUCGGAGGAGAACACCGCCGCUCCUAUGGGGCCCCACCUCACUUUAGCUUACGAAGACAGCCAGAUCCUGGAGGACGCGGCGGCGCUCAUCAUCCACCAUGUGAAGCGGCAGACCAGCAUUCAUAAGGAGGACAAGUACAAGAUCAAGCAGAUCAUCUACCACUUCAUCCCUGACAUGCUGUUCGCACAGCGCGGCGAGCUGUCGGACUUGGAGGAGGAGGAGGAAGAAGAAGAUGUGGGGCUGGAGGAGGGGUCCAACGGGGUCCCAGGCACCGGGAGCCCCACCAAGUCCAAGCUGCUGUUCUGCAACACAGCGGCUCAGAAGCUGCGCUCCUGCGAAGAUGCCUACAACCUCUUCUUCGUCAACAACAACUGGUACAUCUUCCUGCGCCUCCACCAGACGCUGUGCUCGCGGCUGCUCAGGCUGUAUGAGCAGGCGGAGCGGCAGAUGGAGGAGGACGUCAGGGAGCGGGACUGGGAGAGGGAGGUUCUGGGGCUGAAGAAGGAGAAGAACGAUAAUCCUGCCAUCCAGCUCAGACUCAAGGAGCCCAUGGACAUCGAGGUGGAGGAUUACUAUUCAGCCUUCCUGGAGAUGGUUCGGAACUUGCUGGACGGAAACAUGGAAGCCUCUCAGUACGAAGACUCUCUGAGGGAGAUGUUCACCAUCCACGCUUACAUCGCAUUCACCAUGGACAAGCUGAUCCAGAGCAUAGUUCGGCAGCUGCAGCACCUAGUGAGCGACGAAAUCUGCGUCCAGGUAACAGACCUCUAUCUUACGGAGACUGGGAACGGAGCCACGUGGGGGGCCACAACUGCACAGUCGUCAAAAAACUCGGCUGAGGUGAUCUACCAGAGAAAAGCAGAGCAGCUCAUGUCUGAAGAGAACUGCUUCAAGGUGAUGUUUGUGAAAAAUAGAGGGCAAGUGCAGCUCACGGUGGAGCUGCUGGACACGGAGGAAGAGAACUCUGACGAGCCCAUGGAGGCCGAGCGUUGGUCCGACUACGUUGGACGCUACCUCAACCCAGAUUCCACCACCCCUGAGCUGAGGGAGCAUCUGGCCCAGAAGCCUGUGUUUCUUCCACGGAACCUGAGGCGGAUCAGGAAGUACCAGAAGGGCCGGGAGCAGAUGGACAAGGAGGCCUGUGAGGGGGGGAAGAAAUCCAUGGAGAAGGAAAAGAUGGAGUGCAUGUUCAAACUCAACUCCUACAAAAUGGUCUACGUCUUUAAGUCUGAGGACUACAUGUACCGCCGCACCGCCCUGAUGAGGGCUCACCAGUCGCAUGAGAGGGUGAGCACCAGGCUGCACAAGCGCUUCCAGGCCUGGGUGGACGCCUGGGUCAAAGAGCACGUCAACCGCGAAAUGAGUGCAGAGACCGCCAAGUGGCUGAUGGGGGAAGGGCGUGACGGCCUGCUGCCCUGCACCACAACGUGCCACCCAGAAGUCCUCCACUUCAGGAACAUCAACAAAUAUCGCGUGGAAUACGCCGUAGCUGACAGAAAUGCGGGGAGGGAAGAAAAGUAGGAGACCGGUGGACUCAAGAUGGGGUGGGAGGUUUGGACACUGUUAGAAUUAGGGAUAGGGCUAAAUAUUGGGAUUUAUUUUUAUUUUUUAAGGCCAACAUGGGAGCUAGAGUGAUAGUCUCUCACUCGUGUUGCAUCCAGGGCGGUAGGGCCACAGAUUUAGUUUUUGUUUGUUUUACCAGCGUUUUUAGCUGGGACCAUUUUUUUUUAACAGGGCCUUUGGUGCCAAAAACUGCGAGCACUCAUGUUCUGGUCGCAGACCUGUGCUCUUACCAGCACUCAGACCCACGGCACAAACUUUCUUGAGCCGGUUCCUACAGGCAGCAGAAACGGCGAGUAGUGCUUCAUGGACUUUUAUCAGAACCGAGCUUCGUUUUAGCUCGCUGUUCCUACUGAGGUGUUAUUUAUGGGGGAAAAAAUGACCCAAAUGGACAAGUGCACUUAUUCAGGAAAAGGAAAAUAGGUUCUGGUUCCAACAUUCCUGCAUUCUAAAGAAAAAAUCCUCACGAGGCAGUUACAUUUCUUUCCCAAACACAUGGCAGCAUUAUUACAGACUGUGCCUGAGCCUCUGGGUGGUGCUGUUGGGUUACUGUAGGAAAGCACUGUUGCAUUUAAUGUAAAAAAGAAAAGACUUCACAACACUGCUUGUUCUCAGACUGUAAAGUUGUAUAGCUUGUGAAUGUCAGGUCCUGUAUUCCAGUGAGUGUGUAUUCCAGUGUGUAUAUAUUAUAUAUAGCUCUAUUAACACACAGGAUCCUGUCCGCCCUGGAAGGCAACCUUUUAAAGACACACUCUGCCAUCAAACACAGGCUCCACCCGUUCUGGUAGGACUGAAAUCAUCCUGAUCAUCUUGUAAAUACUCUGUAAAUAGUCUCAGACUUUUUAUGACAGUUCCAUGUUGUUGUGCUAGUAUUUCCAAGCUUAUUAUUGACUUUAGUUAUUAACGGCUAAAGUUAGGAUGUAAAUGACAAAGACAAAUACAAAGCCCAUUUAUCACCAUUUUUACCAAAGGGAGUUCAUAAUUAAACACUUCUUUGUUUGGACUA